AUGACGUCGAGGCGGUGCCCGGGAGCGACGAGCCUGACGGUGACGGAGGACCGGUUCGGCGUGCUGGAGGACGAGAAGACCGGCGAGCGGCACGCCGUGCGCCGCUUCGCGCUGGACAGCGGCCGCGGCCUCUCCUUCCAGGUGGUCACUCUCGGCGCCGCCGUGACCGCGCUCUCGCUGCCCGACCGCCGCGGCGCCGUCGAGGACAUCGUGCUCGGCUUUGACAGCCUGCAAGACUAUGUGGAGCACUCGACGCUGUCGCUGAGCGGCGUGAUGGGCCGCGUGUCGGGGCGCGUGGGCGGCGCCAGCUUCCGCCUCGGGGAGAACAUCCACUUCGUCACCGAGAACGACGGCCACCACCACCGCGACGGAGGGGUCGCCGCCUUCCACAAGGCGCUGUGGGAGGCGAAGAUGCUGGAGGACGGCGUGCUGCUGAGCCACGUGAGCGGGGACGGCGCGGGCGGCUUCCCCGGCGCCGUGCUGGCCGAGGUCUCCUACCGGCUGCCGCGCGACUCGGUGCUGCCGGAGCUGUGGGUAGACAUGACGGCCGUCGCCACCGCGCCCACACCGCUCGACAUGAGCCUCGCGCUGCCCUUCAAUCUGGCGGGCCACGUGAGUCACCCGCUGCCGCGCCUGGGGACACCGUGUCCAACCUGA